AUUACAGUCAACUAUAGUACGUAAUAUAUAUUUGAUGAUAUGAGGAGUGUAUGUGAGUUUUAGAUAAUUUUAUAAACCAUCGAAGAAAAAAAUAUAUAAAAUUACUAUCGAAAUCUAAUUGGAAUCACAUUCAGUCCAAACGAAAACUAAUUACAAAUGAGUAGCUACCAAGAUAGUGGAGAAGAACAGGGAGCAUAUUCAAAUGAUGUUGUUGAAUCGUUUCCCAAAGACUUUGGCUAUAUUCCAUUCGAUGGAAGCGAAUGUAACCCAGCUUCAUCCAGUGAUGAGCAGAAGCCACGAAUUUUGUUGAUGGGUCUAAGACGCUCGGGUAAAAGUUCGAUACAAAAAGUGGUCUUUCAUAAAAUGUCACCAAAUGAAACUUUGUUUCUCGAGUCAACCAACAAAAUUGUCAAGGAUGAUAUAAACAACAGUAGCUUCGUACAAUUCCAGGUGUGGGAUUUUCCUGGGCAAAUAGAUUUCUUUGACCCUGCCUUUGACAGCGAAAUGAUAUUCAAAGGUUGUGGAGCUUUGGUAUUUGUGAUUGACGCCCGUGAUGAUUAUAUCGAAGCACUGACAAAACUAAAUAAAACAGUGCUUAAGGCACAUGCCGUCAACAAACAAAUUAAAUUCGAAGUUUUCAUACACAAAGUGGAUGGUAUAAGCGAUGACCUUAAAAUGGAAACUCAGCGAGAUAUUCAUCAAAGGGCAACAGACGAUUUGGCAGAUGCUGGAUAUGAUCGCAUUCACUUAAGUUUUCAUUUGACUUCAAUAUACGAUCACUCGAUUUUUGAAGCAUUUUCCAAGGUCGUGCAAAAACUAAUUAAAGAAUUACCGAAAUUGGAAAAUUUAUUAAAUAUUUUCAUAACAAAUUCGGGUAUAGAGAAGGCCUUCUUAUUUGACGUUGUAUCCAAAAUUUACAUAGCUACAGACAGUUCGCCCGUUGAUAUGCAAAGUUAUGAGCUAUGCUGUGACAUGAUAGAUGUAGUUAUCGAUUUGUCCUCAAUAUAUGGAUCGGAUUCCGGCACUGCUUUUGAUGAUCAAAGUUCGAGUCUCAUCAAGUUGAAUAACAGUACGGUCCUUUAUUUGCGUGAAGUGAACAAGUUUCUUGCAUUAGUUUGUAUUCUAAGAGAAUACAGUUUCACAAGACAAGGUGUUAUCGAUUUCAAUUUUCUUUGCUUCCGUGAAGCGAUACAUAAAGUUUUUGAAGUAAAAAAAAGCACCAAUGAAAUCUAUGAAGAUGGAGAAGAAGAUGACGACGAUGAAGAAGACGAUGAAGACGACGACGACGACGAAAUAACCUGUGAACAAGAUGAUAGAUCUUUUGGUGAUGAUCAAAACCGGAGGCAAUACAUAGGAACGGGAUACGAUUCCGAUGAAGAAGAAAGAAAACAUGUAAACAACAAACAUUUUGUUCGCUCACACUGAUCGAGUAUUUUAGAGAAAAAAAAUGACAAAAAAUAAAAUACAAGUCUUAGUGUUUUAUAUUUUUCUUUUAAUGUUCUUUAUUAAAUCAUCAUCUUUGGCAUA